CUCAGAAAAAAUAGGGUUUCCUCAACAUAAACUCCCACAGCGCAACGAAUCCCCGCCAUUUUUAUCCCGUGCCAGGCGUUGCUCUGUACUCUUUACUCUCCAUACUCUCCUGGUAAUCGCGCUCUCUCUAUCUAAUUAUGACCGUUACCUCUUUCCCUUAAAUGUCAAUGGAGCUCAAUGAACCCUUCUCAUUUGUCUAUCUUCAUUUUACUGAAUGGGACAUCUCUUUCUUACAUUUCCUUGCUAAUUUUUAAUUCGCUUCAUCAAAGUUUGAGCUCCCUCGUUUGGUGAGCGUAGAAGGGCUGAGGAAUUACUGGGUCUGACUGCAUGUGAAUGUUUGGGUUGGCGGUGAAAGUGGUUUUGCGGGGAUGUCUAGCCUAGCUGUAGGUUAAUGAGCAAUCGAUUUCGUGUUUGGUUUGUGGUGAAAGUUCACAACUUUUGGCUUCAUUUCCCACUAAUGGGCUGGCUCUUUCCAUAUUUGGUUCAUCUUUGGCCAUUUGGAGGCCUUGUGGGGCUGGUAUUGCUCAAGCAGUGUUUAGGAGCAACUUUGUGUUGUUGGUGUUAGUUUGCUUGUCCCCUAUUUGGAGAACAAUGGAAUUGUAUUUGGUCAUUUAGGCUGCCCAAUGGUGUUUGUCUUUGGUAUAUCAAUGAUGGAAUAAGAAGUUAGUUUCCAUUGUACUAGGUGCGCCCUAUUUGUUCAUGAUUCAGUAUAUAAUUUGAGCAGAACUUUAGAACUUAUAUCCUCCUUUUGGUUUCUGUAUUGCUAGUUACUACACCCGUACUAAAAAUGCACUGACUGCAAGGAAUAGGGGAUCAAUUUAGUAACAAUGGGUUAAUUUCUCUAAAAUAUCAAUGCCGCCUUAUUAAUCUUGGUUUGGAUUAUGCUUUAAAGUGGCAGUGCAGAAUAGGGAGUUAGUCUGCAGUCAUGUACUUAAGAGCAUGUAUCUCCCACCCAUUAAUCCCCAAUCUUAUUUUCAAACUAAUUUUAUUAUAUGGUAAUCAUGUGAUUAUUUUUCGGUUUUCCUGAUUGUUAUAGUCUAUUACUCUCGCACUGUGUUGAGUUGAGCUUUGCUUAUUUAGAAAGUCGAUGGAAUUAGUUCUGUAUCUCAUUCAUACCUUUCUAUUUUGUUUGUUUGUUUUUUCUGUUUGGCCCUUGUUCUGGGUAGAUGUAUAUCUCCAGAUAGUAUUGAACAAUCAAAACCACACCUAUUUUCUUGGCCAAUGGCAUUUCAAUAUCAAGCAUCGGCCUGCUUCAUUAUUACAUAUUUUUUCUGUUUCACCUAUUGAACAUCGUCCUCUUCAUCAUCAGUUGUGACCCUCCCUUGCUUGUUUUAUUGCUAUUUGGCACUUCGUUGGAUCCCUUUAAUUGAAUAUCACUUCUUACACCUCCUUUGGAUCCUUAUCUUUCUUAUGGCUCAAAUUCUCGAAAUUCUCUUGCUCUUGAAAUCCAUUUCGCCUCUCACUUUGUUUCCACCUUUCAAUACUUGUACUCUUUCUUCCAUGAAUGCUUCUGGCUGCUGUGCUUCCUUCACAGUUUGCCUUGAAAGCUUCUCUAUUAGAUAACAUAAAAUGCCGAGGACAAGGGAAAAUGAAAAGUCUGUGGACUCUGAGCCCGAGGAACAGGUUGAUCUUGAAGAUGAUAAUGACCUUGAAGAACAGAUGGAGGAAGAGGUUGAGUAUGAGGAAGUAGAGGAAGAAGUUGAAGAGGAAGAAGUCGAAGAGGAAGAGGUGGAAGAGGAGGUAGAAGAAGAUGAGGAGGAUAAUUCUAAUGGUACUUCAGAAAAAGGCUUCAACGGUGAAGAGGAAAGUGAGGAAAAGAAGCAUGCUGAACUCCUGGCACUACCCCCUCACGGGUCUGAGGUUUAUGUUGGAGGUAUCCCCCAUGAUGUUUCUGAACAUGAUUUGAGACAUUUUUGUGAAUCGGUUGGAGAAGUUACAGAGGUGAGGAUAAUGAAAGGAAAAGAAUCAGGUGAAGGCAAGGGCUAUGCAUUUGUCACUUUCAGAACAAAGGAGUUGGCUAAUAAAGCCAUGAAGGAUCUAAACAACUCUGAAUUUAAGGGUAAGAAAGUCAAGUGCUCCGCGUCUCAAGCAAAUCAUAGGCUGUUUAUUGGUAAUAUACCAAGAAGUUGGGGGGAGAAAGAUAUGAAGAAUGUCGUAAUGAAGAUAGGACCAGGAGUUGUUUCUGUGGAACUGUUGAAGGAUCCGCAGAACCCUAUUCGGAAUCGAGGAUUUGCUUUUCUAGAGUACUAUAAUCAUGCAUGCGCAGAGUACUCUAGGAAAAAGAUGUCAACCCCAGAGUUUAAACUGGAUGAUAAUGCCCCAACAGUGAGCUGGGCUGAUCCGAAAAAUGCAGGAUCUUCUGCUGCUUCUCAGGUUAGGGCUAUUUAUGUGAAGAACUUGCCAAAAGAUAUAACUCAAGAUCAAUUGAGGCAGCUGUUUGAACACCAUGGAAAUAUAACCAAAGUAGUUCUCCCCCCUGCAAAACCAGGACAUGAGAGGAGCAGAUUUGGGUUUGUGCACUUCUCAGAAAGAUCGAGUGCCAUGAAAGCACUGAAGAACACUGAGAGAUAUGAAAUUGAUGGUCAAGUUCUGGAUUGUUCUUUGGCCAAGCCUCAAGCAGAUAAUAACAAGUCUGUUGCAGGAACUACUUCACAAAAGGCAGCCUUCAAUCCAAGUUUCCCCCCUGGUCUUGGGUAUGGUUUAGUAGGAAAUCCUUAUGGUGCUAUUGGUGGAUAUGGUGCUGCGGCCUUUGCUCAACCUUUAAUUUAUGGUAGGGGACCAACUCCGGCUAGCAUGGCAAUGAUGCCGAUGUUCUUACCCGAUGGAAGGGUUGGAUAUGUAUUGCAGCAGCCUGAGAUUCAACCACAUCCCCCUGUAUUCCAACAUCGUGGUGGUAGAGGUGGCGGUUCAAGCAGCUCCGGCAGUGGUAAACGUUAUAAUGACAGUAAUCGUGGACGUGGGCGCUACAAUCCAUAUUAACCUUUGUGUGUACAACUCCGAAUGUUCAGCACUGAACCCGUUCUGCUAGCUUGACAUUGUAUGCUGAUGAAUGGAUUUGUAUUGUUAGAUGAUGGAAACAUGGAAAAAUGGUUCUUCCCCUUGUUAGUAAAGUUUCCCAUUGGUGAGUAAACCCUUCUGUACGAAAUCAUAUAGUGAAUGUGUGAAAAUUGUCUAGGUUUUUAGUGUU